GCAACCAAGAGGAAGCUGUUCGAAGAGGUAUCAUAUUCUUGCACCAAAUUUUCAGGUUCUUCAUGUCAGAUUGUUCCAGUUUCGUUCUUUGAAUUUUUAUCUGAUGAGCUGCAAGACAUGAUCCCAAUUCGGUUGUUACAUGACGACUUCAGAAACGCAACCAAUUAUAGAACCAUUAAGACAAGCUCUUUGGAGCUGUGAAAUCAAUAUUUAAAUAAACCCUAGCAACCAAUACCAGUCCAAUAUUCUGCUCCUACCGCUCCACCGUGUUGUUUGAAUGGUCUAUGCCUACAUGGUGCCUGCUGACUGGAAGCUUCUGCCCUAAAUUCUAAACUAUGGUUUUGUGCGACAACUAAUACGAGUCUCUGAGUGCAUUAGACCGCAGCAGGUUCUUAAAUGAAGAAACCAAUGUCAGAAAAGAUGGGAAGAAAGUGGUGGGCGUUUCCAAGUCAAUAAUUGCAAGCAGGUUUGGCUUGAUCAAACUGAUGCUCAUAUCCUACGAUAUCUCAUUGGGGGUUUGACAUGGUCAUGCUUCGCUAUUCCUUUUCCUUGUUCCCAAAUUCUAAAGUUGGAUUCCAAUGUUCCCGUUUGGUCGUCUCAAGAGCCUUUUGUCGUUAUACUGGGGAAAGUGGUGACCGAGCUCUCUUUUGGACACGGCGUGGGUUGGAGCGUCUGCUGAGCCGCGCUUGACCGUUUCUUCCCGCUAUGGUGAUGUCGAAGUCUUCUCUUCCCAAUUCAAGGGCCACUAACAAGGAAACUUCUCUGGUUCUAAAGCUUCUUUCUGGGUGAUUUCCUUUCACGCCGGGAGGACGGGAGGAGUUCCGAUGCUCAGUUCUCUUGCCGGAACUAUACUAUGCAAUCUCUGCCAUCUUUUGUGAGGAUCUGGACCGGAAAUUUUGAUGAGAGGUUGACUAAGGUUGUUGAAAUCCAUUGAGUUAUAGGAUAGUCGAUUGUUCACUUACUUCUUCGGAGGGGACUCGACAACAGUGGCGAAGCAAGGGUUCGUGGGUGUUUUAUGUAAUCGAACAGAGAGAUGUUAUCAAAUGGCAACGAGUACACCAAGGAAAUCCUCAGAGAACUCGAGUUGGGCACGAAUUCAGAUGCCACCGAACUCAUUGAAAGCAUUCGUGUUUCCAUUCCAUCAGUUAAUCAAACGGAAUUAUCAUAUCCGAAAAAUCACAAGAGACGAUUUCUCGAUUUCUUGAGGGCUGAUCUCUCAAGAGACUGGUUUAAGAAACUAGGAUUCUCUUCCCCAUUAACCAUCCUCCAGCGAACUGUGGAUGAAAGAGAGGAGAUUUCGCUUUCAGUUUCUUCUCCUGUUGGCACGCAACAGCAUUUCCAUAUCAACUUUAUCAGGAAAAUCAACUGGGCUUCUCUUGUGGAUAUCUGCAAGGAAUGGAUAAAGCAUCCCAUGAAUGCUGCUCUUCUUAUUUGGUUAGUAUGUGUUGCCAUCUCUGCCUCUAUGCUGGGCCUACUCCUGCUUGGACUGCUAGAUAAAGCAUUCCCCACAAAAUCCUCGAGAAAUCAUUGGAUUGAGAUCAACAACCAAGUUCUCAAUGCUCUCUUCACGCUCAUGAGUCUAUAUCAACAUCCAAAUCUGUUCCACCACUUUGUUCUUCUAUGCAGAUGGAGAUCAGAAGACAUCAUAAGACUUAGAAAAACAUAUUGCAAGAGUGGAGCUUACCGACCUCACGAGUGGGCUCAUAUGAUGGUGGUUCUUGUGCUCCUCCACAUCACCUGUUUCUCUCAGUAUGCCUUGUGUGGACUCUACUGGGGAUAUACAAGGACACGACGACCAGAAUUUGCUGAAAAUUUCUUUGUUGUUCUCGGCACUGCGACAACCAUCAUUGCCGGUGCCUACACUGUAUACAGUCCUCUUGGCAGGGAGUACAAUUCUGACUCGGAUGAAGAAUCACCACGUCGAAAUUCUAGUGCUGAUGUUAAGCACUAUAAUAUGGUCGGCUUGGCGUUGAACGAUCGAAGAGUUGUAGUGAGCGAACCAGAGUGGGCAGGGGGGCUAUUUGAUUGUGGGGAUGAUAUUACUGUGAGCUGCCUUUCCUUAUUCUGUACUUUCUGCGUCUUUGGUUGGAACAUGGAAAGGCUUGGAUUUGGGAACAUGUAUGUCCAUAUUGUCACCUUCCUUCUCCUGUGUGCUGCUCCAUUCUGGAUUUUCAACAUUUCAGCGCUGAAAAUUCAUGACCAAGUUAUUGGUGAUAUGGUGGGGACUGCAGGGAUAGUUCUCUGCGCCUUUGGUUUGGUUUAUGGUGGUUUCUGGAGGAUCCAGAUGAGGAAAAGAUUCAAACUUCCUGGGAAUACUCCAUGUCUCGGCUCCCCCUCGCUGACCGAUUACGCCCAGUGGAUGUUUUGCUGGGCUUGUUCUCUAGCUCAGGAAGUGCGCACAGGAAAUUUAUAUGAUGUGGAAGAUGGCAGCCUCUACAGAAAGCAAUUGGAAGGUGAUGAAGAGAGCAGUCCUUUUCUAACUCCUCUACCUCGUGAGAGGGGAUUAAGUACAAAGUUUGGAACAGAUGGUGCCUCUCAGUUUCCAAUCUCCUACCCUGCUAAGUUGCCAAAUUCGACGGGGGUGGGAGAGGAGCAUGGCAUUCAAAUUGAUCAGCUGCAUGUGAUGCAGGUGGAGUCUUCCAUAUUAGCUUCUGAUGAUGCAUUGAGACCACCUGUUCGACCAUUAAUACCGUCAUUGAAGAAAGUUGGUGAUGGUAAUUCAGCUGCACCACCACAUUUUCCCCAUUUACAGGCACGGGAUGAUUCAUCAGCUUCCAUUCAGAAUGGCUGACUCGAGUCUUCAGGAUUAUGUUAAUGAAAUCUUUAGGCACUUGGUGCCUACUGCGUUCUCAAAGAAAAAGUUCUUGUAUGUAGCUUCUUCGGUAUCACUUGCUCAAGCUUAUACAGGAAAUUUUUCUCUGUAUACACUAUCUUUUCCAAAUUAUCAAGAGAAAAGUUUGCUUUCUAGAUACAUUAGUACCCGAUUAACAAUUCCUCCUAUGAAAACUGUUAUAUUGACCAAGAAUAUUGGUCUAUUUCA